GUGAAAUAGAGUUGAUUAUUAUAAUGGUGUUUAUAAGAGCUUAACUAUGUCAUGAGUAAACAAAAUCGAGUGGUGAACUAUUGCCAAAACUAUAUAACGUCAUCAAAAAUAAGGACAUGUUAAUCAUUUUAUCAGCACUUAGGACGAAUGUGUCGUCUCAUGAAUUUGUUUCUAUAUUUAUAAAGAGUACAACGAAAUUAUUGACGGUUGAAAGGAGCUUUCUUGUGUUUGUUGUCAACUAUCAGCGUGCAACGAUACAAUCUAAGUGGAUCAUGCUUUCACUGCAACCAAUUUCAAUUCUAAGCGCUGGUGCCGAUGAAGAAAAGGCAGAAACCGCCCGACUUUCUUCCUUCAUUGGAGCCAUUGCUAUCGGUGAUCUUGUUAAGACUACUUUGGGUCCUAAAGGAAUGGACAAAAUCCUCCUCUCAUCCGGAGAAACUGUCGAAGUGACAAAUGAUGGUGCUACUAUUCUGAAGUCAAUCGGGGUAGAUAAUCCUGCAGCUAAGAUCCUUGUUGAAAUGAGUAAAGUUCAAGAUGAUGAGGUUGGUGAUGGCACAACUUCAGUAACUGUUCUAGCCGCAGAAUUAUUGCGUGAAGGUGAACAACUAAUUGCUGCUAAGCUUCAUCCUCAAACUAUUGUACAAGGUUGGCGUGAGGCUACUAAACUGGCCUUAGCGGCUCUUGAUUCGGCUGCACAUCAGUUAUCAAACCAAUCAGAUGCUGAGUUCCGUAACCGUCUGUUAAGUAUUGCACGUACAACUUUGAGUUCCAAGCUCCUGACACAACAUAAAGAACACUUUGCAAAUUUAGCGGUAGAUGCUGUUCUUCGUCUCAAAGGUAGUGGAAAUCUUGAUGCUAUUCAAAUUAUUCAGAAGCUGGGUGGAACCAUGACUGAUUCUUAUUUGGAUGAAGGCUUUCUUCUGGAUAAACGACCUGGUGUAAACCAACCUAAAAGAGUGGAAAACGCCAAAAUACUGAUCGCCAACACUCCUAUGGAUGCAGAUAAAAUUAAAGUAUUUGGAAGCAAGAUCCAAGUAGAUGCUAUUUCAAAGGUGGCUGAAUUAGAACUAGCCGAAAAGCAAAAAAUGAAAGACAAAGUCGACAAAAUUUUAAAGCAUAACUGUUCAGUAUUUAUUAAUAGGCAGUUAAUAUAUAACUACCCCGAGCAGUUGUUUGCUGAUGCUGGUAUUAUGGCAAUUGAGCAUGCAGAUUUCGAAGGUGUGGAAAGGUUGGCUCUAGUUACUGGUGGAGAAAUCGUUUCCACAUUCGACUCUCCGGAGACUACAAAAUUAGGACAUUGUGAUUUGAUAGAAGAAGUUACAAUUGGUGAAGACAAGUUACUUCGAUUCAGCGGUGUUGCUAUGGGUGAGGCUUGCACGAUUGUCUUGAGGGGUGCUACAAAAAGUAUCCUGGCAGAAGCAGAACGCUCUCUUCAUGACGCUUUAUGUGUUUUGGCUCUCACAGUAAAAAAUCCCCGGACAGUUUGUGGUGGUGGAGCUAUGGAGAUGUGGAUGGCUGAAGCAGUAGCACAGGGUGCUGCUAAAACACCAGGAAAAAUAUCUUUAGCUAUGGAGUCCUUCGGUCGAGCUUUGAGACGCUUGCCUUCUAUAAUAGCAGAUAAUGGUGGUUAUGAUAGCGCAGACUUGAUCUCUCAGUUACGUGCUUCUCAUGCAAAUGGUGAAAAAUCCAUGGGUUUGGAUAUGAACAACGGAGUAAUUGCCGAUAUGAAUGAACUCGGGAUUAUUGAAUCAUAUGACGUAAAGCAUCAUUUGGUGACAUCAGCUGCAGAAGCUGCGGAAAUGAUAAUACGUGUAGAUGACAUCAUUAAAGCUGCUCCUCGUCGUCGAGCUCCUCGAAGGCAUUAAACAAAAUUAGCUUUAUCACCAAUUGUUUGUGAAGUAAACAAUAAAUUCAUCAGUUGGAAUCAUGAAAUAUAAGUUGUUUGUAUAUUGAAUUUUAUUUCUUUCAUUUAGAAAUGUUACUAUUAUUUACCUUUUUCGGAAUGUUUUCUAAGGGUUCGUUUGUUUAAUCUGAUCAGUGCAUUGGAAAACUAAUUUAAUAAUUUAGUAUGUCCUACGAAUCGUGAAUUUAAGAUCAUUGUUGUGCUAUAAUAAUAUGGAUGUGAAUGUAUCUAAGAUGAGAAUUAAUAAAAUUAUGGAAAUCCAAACUUAAAAUUUCACAUGGAUGAAUAUGUGGUAUUCUUGAGGCAGUCAAUAAUUUCUAUACUAUGUAAUUGCGUGAUAACACUACUUGUAUUCGGAGGCUUUCAAAAUAGUUGAUUUCGAAACACUGAUGUCAUUUUGUUUAAUGACAGUUUGAAUAGUUGGGAUGUUGUUGCUUUACAUUAUGUACAGGUGUCAGGUUAGUAUAUUCAAUUAGUUAGUCAGAUUUAGUAUUUAAACCACGUUGUAUUCAAGCUAAUCACUGUGGCUUGAACGCCCAUGCAAUAUUCCAGCCCUCACACAAAUCGAAUGACGAAUUGUGGUGCAUAUAUUCGUGGUGCCUCUUUGUACGAAUGUUUGUAUUUAAAUAAAGUAAUCACCGUGGUUUUAUUUACAGCGAGAAUGUAUUUAAACCCCCAUUGAGUUGUAAUUAAUGAUCUGGUUACUAGCUACUGUUUUUGCUUGUAAAUAUAGGUCAGGAAGAUUCCUUAUAAACGUAAAGGGCUAAUUUAUUGAGACGGCGAUCUUUCACAUUGAGAUAUCGGCAAACUGAAGUUUGUUUUAUCUCUACUGUCUACACCAUUGAGAAAUACUAAUAUUUUGCAGUAAUAAUAAACAUCAGCUUCGUAACCACCCAGUUUUGUGAUGUAAGUGUUUAUGAAAUCGGGAUCGUAUUCACAUGGAGGGGAAAGUUGUUUUUAAAGGAGUCGUAAAUACUAGCAAAGUAUAAACUUCUAGAAUGUCCCAUAAUUUCCCAAAACAUAACUUUUAGUCUGUCUUCCCUUGAUGAACAAGAAUAGGUAUUAAAUUUCGGAAAACUGAAUUCUAAAGACAUAAAGCAUCUAUUUUCUAGACAUCCACCAAAUGUUAUGUAAAUAGAGAGUAUUUGAACUCAAUAAUCAUUUCACUAUCGUUUUCUGAUUACUGAAAAAAAGUUUCACUGAAUGUUCUCGUUAAUAGAAUAAAAUUCUUUACGAUGCUUGACGGCUCAUAAUGAAUUUAGUGAUGAACGUUUACGUUCAAAAACUAUGUUAGGUAGUUCAUUUCCCGGUUUGAUCAAGUUUGUAGUUAUGUGAUGGUACUGUCAAUAAUCAUUUGAAACUCAUGAUUAUAUCCUAUUUUCUUACUCUUGUUAAAGUGAAUUUCUUAAAUAUAUGGUGAGUUACUCCUUUUGAUUAGUGGCUAAAAACGCUUCACAGUAUUGUGUUGUUGAAAAUUUAGGAUGCAAUAAGUUCAAUUAUAUUCACUCGAUUAUUUCGGUGAUUCGUAGUGUCACGCAGCAGGUAAUACUAAGAUGGUACUUGGGAAUGUCGAUGACAAGUAGGAAUGGGAUGCAUUACGUUAGCGCUGGUGAUUGUUAGCGUUAUGUGCUUUAAAUACACUGACUUUAUUGAUUAAUAGUCUUAUUGACCGCAUCAUGACCUUGAUGGUUAAAGUUUGUGUUCUCAAGAGUUUUCUCUUCUGCCUAAAAAUACCUGUACUGUGAUUUAUAUUCAAGAGGUGAAGAUGCUUUAGGUCAAUUGUCAUUAUAUUAAGCUAGGAUGUGUCCACACUAUAGGUGACGGAAACGUCAGUUCAGGAUUUUAGAUAAGAUAAUCCAGUAGUCCAUACAUUUUUAAGUUACGAGUGGUUCGUUUGUUAAGUGGUGCUUUAUGUAACAAGUAGUUGCGGUCAUUAUUGCGUGCUGGCAAUGAUUUCAAACUAAGAUGUGGUAACAACCUCCCUGGUUUUCAGUGGCUCACUAAUCAACAUCAGUCGUUGGUGGUCAAUUGAUUUCCAAAUUAAUAAUUCAAUGGGAGCAACUGGUAAGUGAUAACAGCACUCAAGAGGGCGAUACGUUUCUAAUGUUCAAGAUCUAUUCAGUCUUCUAACCACGACAGAUGAGAAGUUUCACGAAUUUUCCAGAAUCUCCCGUGUCGUAAUCCUAUUCAAAUUACGCUGGAUGACUAAAGCCAACCAAUGAAGUGUACCAUCUUAAAAUCCAACCUCCAAAAACCACAUCUAAAUUUAGGAUGAUUUGAAGAGUUUGGAUUUAAAUCAUUUCCUGAUAGGACUUAUCUAUUAGGUCAAUCUUAUGUAGUCAAAGAAAUAUUGAGGAAUUUCGCAGUUAAUUAAAAGAAAAGCGAUCAUUUAAGUAAUUCUUAGUUUUAAUUCAACUCCAGCUUUGCUCAACCAGUUUAUCGUCGACUACGAACUCGGAUGUGUACUACCAGUUACGCUACUUACGUUUUAUGAGUAGUAUAUCUAUUUGGCACAUUUUACUUCAUGCCAUAACAAAAUUCAUUUAAUUCAAUCUAUAAGAGUAUAUUAUUUCGUAAUCAGUUAGUCAGUCGAUCAGUAAAUCUCAAGUUAUGUGUUAUUGUCUUUUUGUGUGAGUUUGUUUGCACUGACAGGUGUAUUUCAAUAACUCACCACCCUACUUAUUGGUAGAGACGCUCUUUAUUGAGGCAUAAAAGUACAGUGCAUCAACUUAGAACUUAUCUUUUCCUUAAAAAGCCAUGAUAAAAAAGAGGGUUUUAUACACGGAUUUAACAUGUUCUAACACUAUUGGGCAGAAAAAAUAAAUGAGUUGCAACGGUCUGUAUACAUAUAAAAGUACAUACAAAGGUAUAUUUAAUGGCUUCUUUAAUGAUGUUAUUUAACCAUAGUGCCUACCCGGAUGUGUACUGAGAGUUUUGUCGAACACCAAAACUUAUAAAAAGUUUGGAAUUCGCUAGAGAAGUGGUAAUCCAGUAUACAAUUAAAUUAUUAGUAGCUGAUUGUCUUUAGGACUAUUUCAGUGGGACGAUUCCAGGUAGUAUAUAGUCGAU